AUGGUGAACAAGAUCCUUUUCUGGUCUGGCUUCGGCCUCGCCGUACGAUUCUGGCAACUGGGCAUCGAAAUGCGACCUUUCCUAUCUCAACCUUGGGUAUAUCCCAUGUAUGCAUCACUGGGCGCGGGAGUCGGCUACUACCUGCAGGGUGUGGAGAACAGCCAGAUGCGAUAUCUUCGCGAAACCAGAGACAGAUUACUUGAGAAGCGACGGAGAAGGGCGGAGAGGGAAGGUGCAGACGGCAAGAUUGGUAAUGCGGGAACAGCAUAUCAGAGGGAGCAGGAAGGUCUGUUUGCUAGCCCAAAGGUCGUGGUUGAGCGAGGUGCCGGCGUACCAAACGGUAUGGUUGAGAGGACGGCAGCAGCCCACUAG